AUGGCACUUACACCGGAUGUCCAAUUGCCAUCGAAUGAUGAAUUGACGGUACCUCAAGAAAUCACUCUUUCAACUCCUUGGUUUAAAGCUGUGGUACCUUAUAUGGCAAAGCAUUGUGAAAAGACGAUCAAUGAGUUUAUGCUGAGGCGCAAAGAACUCGAGGAUCCACGAGCCGUUUUGAAGGAAGGACGUGAUGUGACAGCAUGUGGUAUUCAAUUUUUACAGGCUCUAAAGAAAUCGUGUGCUUCUGAAACGGAUGCCCUUGGACAUUGCAUUGAUCACGGGAGCGCAAAGCUUUACGUUAGCAGGUGUCGUAAUGAGCAAAAAGCGAUGGACAAAUGUGUAUUGGAUAAUUUGAAAAUCGAGCGCCCGCUUCUUGGAUACUGGAACUCUCCCCACGUUCAUGAAAGCCAAGCUCCUGCUCCGGUUCCAAUAAAUCGUGACUACAAGGCAGAGGCGGCAAAGGUUUUGCACGAGCUCCCAGUUGAAUAUCAUCUCCGCAAAGAUUAUCGCAAAUACAACGAUUGGAAGACGAACCUGUGGGAAAGC